UCAUGUUUUGACAGUUAGUCAUGCUGUCAUAGCAUUGAAUUUAUAAAAAAAAAAUCGAAAGAGGAAAACAAACGUAGAUUUUUAUCAAGAAUUGUGUGUGUUUUUACACAGAGAUUGGCUUCAACGUGUAAAGAAUUGAUCUCGCGUCAAUUUCAUUUUUCGUCAACUAAGCAAAAUUUGUACAUUAAAUUGAAUUGAACACGUCAGAAACUCAGUAUUUUUGUAGUGAGUGGAGUGAGUUGUACUUUUCUAAUUCGACCGUUCAUGGUCAAAACAUCACCUGAUUGCAGGCAGUAUACUUCCAAAGAGACACAGCAAAAUGAACACAGCAGCAGGAAUAAAGCAACGAAAUGGCAGUGAAACAUUUUCAACGACUGAAACAAAAUGUAGCUCCAAGAGCGUAGAACCGAACGCUCAAAAAUCAUUGAUCAUAUUGUUAUCAAUUUUUACAACUAGUCUAGUAGCUAUGUUUUACAUGUACAUGAUGUUUCCUGAGUUGGAUGAAUCAGAGAAGCAACAUCUAAAAAUUCCAUUCGACAUCGAAGAUGCUAAAAUGCUUGGUAAGGUGUUGGAUCAGUACAAAGACACGUACUAUUUCGAAGUCAUGUUCGGCGUUGUGUUCGUUUACGUAUUCCUGCAAACGUUCGCCAUUCCUGGAUCAUUGUUCCUAUCGAUUCUAAGCGGUUUCCUGUUCAAUUUUCCGAUUGCAUUGUGCUUGGUGUGUUUCUGUUCGGCACUGGGUGCAACUCUAUGUUAUCUGCUGUCACAACUGGUUGGCAGACGAUUGGUUAAGUAUUAUUUUCCGGCACGGGCCGCAUCAUGGUCACAACAGGUGGAUAAGCACAAGGACGAACUGCUUAUGUACAUGCUAUUUUUACGAAUGACACCAUUUCUGCCUAAUUGGUUUAUCAAUUUGGUUGCACCGGUCAUUGGUGUUCCAUUGUUUCCGUUUGCUGUUGGAACAUUUUUUGGUGUAGCCCCACCAUCAUUUCUAGCGAUCCAGGCGGGAAAAACGCUGAAUACGUUAACCAGUUCGCGAGAAGCAUUCUCCUGGGUGUCAAUGGUCUAUUUGACCGUUUUCGCUUGUAUCACAAUGUUGCCUGUUAUUUUUAAGAAAUAUUUCAAAACGAAAAUUGAGUAGAUAGAACGCAUAUAAUUAUACAUAUCGGUUUUGAUUAUGGUUGGGACGUUGUUGGGUUUUUUAUUAUAUUGAAGAAAAAAAAAAUUGAAAAAAUUUAUUAUCUUUGCCACUGAAACAAAAAGAAAAUUUGUAUGCGUAACGACACGAAUGUUGUUAUUUGUUGUUGUUUUUACCAAAGAUUUUGUUAAUUUUUACGGACGGCAGGCGAACAUAAUCGGUUCCAUCCCUGCCAUAAAAUAUUUUCUUUCAAUCAAUGUUGAAAAUUGUUUUUUGUUCAAAGACGUGGCACACUCGGAAACCACUGAUGAUAUGUUUGCCGUCGGUAAAAGGUUAAAUAAAAAAUUGUGUGUGGAUAUAAAAAAGGAAAAUAAAACGAAGAAAAAACCGGGAUGUUAUUGUGUAUACUAAACGAAUGUCUGUUAGAGGCAUGACAUCGAUCAUAUUUAUUUAUUCUGUUAAGGCCAAAUUAACGCACAAUAACAUUCUAAAAAAGCAAAAUUAGAACAAAAUUAUUAAUU